UCAGGUUGCGCGCGCACCUGUCGCCAUUUUAAAACUCAAGUUGUCCUCCACCGCAAUUCAAACCUGCUUUCCAACAAAUAAACUGUAUAAGCGAUCAAACUUACAGACAAUGGCCGACCAAAAUGGACAGGUACCGAAUUCGCAAAGCAGCAGUUCGCCGCCACCCUCCAAUAGUGGCGCAGAGUGCCCUGCCGCCGACAACGACCACCAAACGCCGGUCAACGAAAACAGUCCAGCAGCGCCUGCUGAGCAGUUAUCCCCGUCUGAAGAACCCGAAGCAGCCGCGGUGGGCAGCUGCCAGCUUCAAGACAAAAUUACGCUUGAUAUUUCAAGAUUUAAAAAGCCAGGCGAGAAAACAUUCACUCAGCGCUCUCGGCUUUUUGUUACGAAUCUUCCGCUGGAUUUAUCCGAGGAGGAAUUCGUCAGUAUGUUCGCUAAAUAUGGAAAUACAUCUGAGGCUUUCAUUAACCGAGAGGGAGGAUUUGGCUUUAUUCGUUUGGAGACGCGUACAGUAGCGGAGAUUGCCAAAGCUGCGCUAGAUGGGAAAAUAUUGAGGAAUCGACCAAUCAGGAUCCGCUUUGCUGCACAUUGUGCCGCACUCAAUGUGCGCAACCUAUUGCCUGUUGUCACAAAUGAGCUUUUGGAACAGGCCUUUUCACAAUUUGGCCAAGUGGAACGGUGUGUCGUUGUGACAGACGACCGUGGGCGGUCCACUGGCAGAGGCUUUGUGGAGUUUGCAAGCAAAGUGGCCGCACGUAAAGCUCUGGAACGCUGCAAGGAGGGCGCAUUGUUGUUAACUACCACGCCUUGCCCAGCCAUUGUGGAAUCUACUGAGCACUUUGAUGAUGAGGAAGGACUGCCCGAAAAGAUGUUGCCGAUAACUCCAAAAUAUUUCAAGGAACGUACCCAAACACCACAUUUUGCCCAGCCGGGGACAUUUGAGUUUGAAUACUCGUCUCGCUGGAAAGCACUUGAUGAGAUGGAGAAACAGCAGCGAGAGCAGGUGGACAGGAAUAUUAAAGAAGCCAAAGAGAAGCUGGAGGCUGAACUGGAGUCAGCAAAACAUGAACACCAACUCAUGUUAAUGAGGCACGAUCUGAUGAGACGUCAAGAGGAGUUGAGGCGAUUGGAGGAGCUUCGCAACCACGAGCUUCACAGACGAAAACAGAUAGAGUUAAGGCAUGAGGAGGAGAGGAGAAGACGAGAGGAAGAAAUGAUGAGAAUGCACAGAGAACAGGAAGAGUUGAAGCGCCAGCCAGAUACCUUUAAACCGGCUUACCAGGACAAUAGAGGACAGGAAAUGAGAGUGACUGAUCUGGGCCCUCGUGGAGCCUUUAAUAUGGCAGAUGGCUUUAACCAAGCCCCAGCAGGGCCCAGCACAAACCAGGGUCAAAUGCUGAGCAUGGGUGGAAGGAGCACCACCAUUAGCCCACAAGGAACUGCAAACAUGGGCCCACUGUUGGUGUCUGAAAAUGCCAACAUGCGAGGUGACAGAUAUCCGCUGGGUGGAUCUCUGGCAGGACGAGCAGAGGUGGAAUCACCGAAACAGCAGCAGCCACCACUACCACAGGUGCCCCCUGGUGGUCCAUCACCAGUGUAUGGGAGGGGCAGUCCUUUAGAUGGAGUGUUUGAAGGGCCAAAUAAUAAGCGCUGUCGCUAUUGACCAAAUUCUUGUUGACCCACCUACUUACAGUGCCAUUAGAAAGUAUUCACAUUAUUUUUUCCAAUUUUUCCUGUUAGACUUAUUCUAGAGCUGGUUUGAGUUUAGUUUUAAAAACACAUGAGAUAUCCCUUAAUAACAAAGCAACAAAAUUUUCAGACAAUUGUGCACAUUAAUUGAAAAUGAAAACGUAUCUGGUAAGUAUUCACAUCUUCUUCUUUUCCUUUCGGCUUGUCCUGUUAGGGGUCGCCACAGCGUGUCAUCUCCGAUGAACGCAUAUUUGUUUGGCACAGUUUUACGCCGCAACCGCUCUAGAUAUAGCCAGGGAGAGAAGCUUACAGUUCCUGGUAUUCCCAGGUGGUCUCCCAUCCAAGUACUAACCGGGGCCAAACCCACUUAGCUUCCAAGGUCUGACGAGAUCAAGUGUUCUCAGGGUAGCGUGGCCGUAAGCUAUUGUAAGUAUUCACAUCGUUGGCUUUAUAUUUUGUUGCCAGCAAUCACAGCCUGAAAUUUUCUCUGGUAUGGCUCACCUGUUUUGGGGCAUUUUCUUGCAUUCUUUUUUCCAGAUCUUCCCAAGGUCAGUUAGGUUGGAUGGGGAGCGUUGGUGGCCAGUAAUUUUUAGGUCACUAGGUCGAUGUUCGGUUGUUUUCAAGCCCAAGCUCUGACUGGGCCACUAAAAGACAUUCACAGGCUGCUCCUGAAGCCACUCCCCUAGCAGUGCGGUUUGGGUCAUUGUCUUCUUGGAAGGCGAAUGGACAACCUAGUCUGAGUCCCAGUGUACUCUGCAACAAGUUCUUGCAAAGAAUUUCUCGAUAUUUGGGAGCUGUCAUCUUACCCUCUAUGCCAAAUUUUUGUUUUACUGUGUUUCGGCAAAGAAUCAUAUCAUACACAUGAAAGAGUGAAAGAGCCACAUCAUACACAUGAACAUCAUUCCCUCCUUACACAUACCUUUGCUCAACCAGAUUUAUUGUCAAUGUCACACGAAAAAUCGACCCCUACAGCAGGGGUGUCAAACUCAUUUUUAUCAUGGGCCACAUUGUAGAAGCGGUUUCUGUCAGAGAGCCAUUAUGACUGAAACCAUGAAAAUCUUGAAUUGACCCAUCAUAUUUACAUAUUAAACUUAACUAGUUUUGGAAUCAGGAAUCAAAGAAAUGCUUGCAGUAUCUCAACAUCAUUUAUGAUAUGACAAUUUGAAAUAUUGGUACUGAUUUGAACAAAAAUCAUGGAAGUUGAUACACAUAAUUUGCCUUUGCGGGCCAUAUAAUAAUCUCGUGGCAGGCUGCAUCGGGCCUUGAUUUUGACACCUGUGCCCUACAGAGUACCAAGGCUACAGGGCAGUAAUUUUAAAAAAUGUAAAGAAGUAAAGUAAAUUAAAAACUUCUCACCCUUUUGCUGCAGACAUCUGUGCAGUUCUGUCUCCUCACCCAUCGAUACACACACUCACAUCAAACUUGUCAUUGUACCCGUAACAACCAUAAUUAACUCGAGCAAAGCGCCCACCCACGUACAUUAAAGAAACUUCGAUAUGCUUUUGUGCCUUCACGAGAGCCGCAUGUAAGGAGCCAAAGAGCCUCGAGCCGUGGGUUGCCCACACCUGCUCUAUGCAGACAAGUUGCACAGUUCCUACAAUAUGAAAACAGCCUCACAGCAUGAUAGUCCCACCACCUUGCCUCACAAUAGGGAUGGUGUAAACCAGGGGCUGACAAGCAGUGCCAAUUUUCCAGAUACGAUGCAAUUCAGACCAAAAAGUUCCAUUUUGGUUUCAUCUAAACAGAAUUUUGUUUCGGCAGGUCUGAGAAUCCAAAAGGUACGUUUUGCCAAACUCCAAGCGGGAUGCUGUGUGGCUCUUAGUGAGAAAUGGCUUCUGUCUACCCCCUCUUCAUUGGUAGAGUGCUUUAUCAGUGGUUGACCUGAAUGGUACUCCUAUUCCCACAAGGGAAUCUUGAGGCCCUGCCUUAGUGGCAAUAGGGUUCUUGUUCACCUGAACAAUUGACUGAGCUCAAUUUUCCUGUUACUCAGCUUGGUCGGACAGCCAGGCCAAGGAAGGGCCCUGAUGUUUCCAAGCUUCUUCCAUUUCAGAUUUGACACCACAGUGAUUUUUCCAUACCUUUGAUGAUGCUGAAAUUACUUUGUAUCCUUCCCCAGAUUUGUGCCUGGAUGCAAUCUGGUCUCAGAGAUCUACAGUUUCUUAUGCUUUAUUGCUUGGUUUCUUCAGUUGGUUUCUUCAUUAUGCACUGCCAACUAUGGGACCUGCUAUUGGCAGGUGUGUGCAGUUUCUGCUAUUUCACAUUCAAUUAACUGCAUUUACCGCAGGCAGAUUCCAUUCAAGUGACAGAAGUAUCGAAAGGAUGAUCAGUGGAAUACUUGCCAUCUAUUAUGUUUGAAUGAUAACAUUUUUUCAUCAAUUUACAGAAAUGUCUGAAAAUGUUUUUUGCUUUGUUUGGCACAUUUUAUGUAGUUAGUUUUGUUUGUUUUUAAGAAAACUAUACUCAAGGCAGCAACAAUUGAGCAACUGGUUAGAGUGUUGGCCUCAUAGUUGUGAGGUCCCGGGUGCAAUCCCCGAGCCACCCGUGUGUAGUUUACAUCUUCUCCCCGUGCCUGCGUGGGUUUUCUCCGGGCACUCUGGUUUCCUCCCACAUCCCAAAAAACAUCCGUUAAGUGGAGACUAAAUUGCCCCUAGAUGUGAUUGUGAGUGCAACUGUUGCCUGUCUUUAUCUGCCCUGCAAUUGGCUGGCAACCAGUUUAGGGUGUACCCCGCCUCCUGCCCGUUGACAGCUGGGAUAGGCUCCAGCACUCCCUGUGACCCUCGUGAGGAUAAACAACUCAGAUAAUGGAUGGAUAGCGAAACACUCAAAUCACCUUUAGAAUAAGUCUAACAAAACAAAAUACUGAUAAAUGUGAAGGACUGUGAAGAUUUUCUAUAAUCACUGUUUAUUCCAUGAGAUGUGGCUGGGAACUGUUCUGUUCUGUUUUGACCCCCCCCCCCACCGCCAUGUUCCAGCGCUUUGCUGUGUGACAAAUACUUUUGGACUUCGGCCAAUUCACAUUCUUUUUACAGCUCAGAUUUCUUCUAUGAAACUUUAUAUUUGCAGUGUUAUGCACUCUGCGAAGUUUUUUUUGUUUGUUUUUAAGGCAGAAGACAUUCGAGCCUGGACUAUCAUGCAUGUGAAUGUCUGUUUUU